AUGGUAAGUGUUCCUAUUGACAUUAAUAGCGGUCAUGAUACACAGAACGAUGACUUCUCAUUCGUGAAGGAAGAUCUAUAUGAGAGCAAGGAGAAAUUGAUCAAUGUGCUUCGCUCGUAUGCCAUUGCAAAAAAUGUCAAGUUUAGGCCAACAAAAAAUAACACAACAAGCUAUCGCUCGUAUGCCAUUGCAAAAAAUGUCAAGUUUAGGCCAACAAAAAAUAACACAACAAGCUAUAAUGCGGUUUGUUUUUAUCGCAAAGAUGGUGAAGAUGAAGAUCUUGAUGGACACUACGACGGGAAUACGAAUUGUCCUUGGAAGCUUAAUUCACGUUCGGGUGUAAGAGUAGGUGGGCAUUUCAAAAUCACGACGUACAACGGAGUCCACACAUGUAGCAAUCCUCGAUUGGAGAUGAAUAACAAGCAUGUGUCCUCUUCUUUUAUAUAUCGAUUGAUUUUAUCGCAUCUGAGAAAGGAUCUUGAUCUACGGCUAAAAGAUAUUCGUCUUUUAGUGCAUAAAACGAUCAACUUGGAUGUAUCAUACAAUAAGUGUUGGAAUGCUAGGGGGAAGAUGAUGAUAAAAAUAUUUGGGGAUUGGGACAAAUCUUAUGAGAUCUUACCGCAUUAUCUUAAAGCACUCAAAAGAGAAAAUCCUGGGACUGUAUAUGAAGUUUCAUCAGACCCUCUUGAUGGCGAAGAACGACGAUUUACGGGUGUAUUUUGGGCAUUUGGGCCUUGUAUUGAGGGUUUUCAAUAUUGUCGUCCUCUUCUUAGUAUUGAUGGCACCCACUUAUACGGCAAGUACAAAGGUGUUUUGCUUGUUACCACCGGAGUUGAUGCGGACGACGGUUUGUUUCCUUUGGCGUUUGCAGUGGUUGAUAUUGAAAACACAGAGAAUUAG